UACCAACUUUUGAUAGAUCGAUACACAAUAAAAGAUUAAAGUUCAUUGGAAAGCUUUCUUUUUCACGUUACAUCAGGUUUCGAAGUCAGUGAACGUGCCUCACUGUGUCGAAGUGUAAUGUUUUCGUAUGAUUGUUAAUAAUUUAAAUUAUUGUGUUCUCCAUACGUUAUACUAAAAAAUUCUAUAAACAUGAAGUUGUGGACAUCACAUCAUACUUUUGAUCAUCCAUGGGAAACAGUUGUAAAAGCAGCAUGCCGAAAAUAUCCAAAUCCCUUAAAUCCAUCGGUUUUGGGCACGGAUGUUAUCGAUAGAAAAGUUAAGGAUGGUGUUCUUUAUUCUCACAGAUUGGUUACUACUCAAUGGCGUUUUCCUACAUGGAUAUUACCAUUCUUUGGUCAUCAAGGUCCAUACUUUGCCAGUGAAUGGAGUGAAGUUAAUCCAGAAUCUAAAGAAAUGGUAGUCAGGACGGUAAACAUAAGCUUGGGCAAGCACGUUUCGGUCGGUGAGGUGGUCACGUACACACCACAUCCGGAGAAUCCGGAGACAACGCUUUUAACACAACAGGCGGUCAUCUCUAUCCAGGGGGUACCGCUCAUAGAUCAUUUAGAGAGGUUACUGACAAUGACGAUCGAACAAAAUGCGAAUAAGGGUCGUCAAGCAGUGGAAUGGGUCAUCGAGAAACUCCAAACGGAAGUGAAAGAUAUCGCGUCCUCAGCCGCGAAAUCGACAGAUGAUCUGUUUAAUCAAACACGUCGUCAAUUGGACGACAUCACGAAUAUAACGAAACAGGGGAUGGAAGAUAUACAAAACGUGGCGAAAAAAUCGUUCGACGAAUUUCAAAAUUUGACGGUGCCUCCGCCAUCUCAAUCGAUACCAAAGUUGUAGCUAAUAUAUCACGUUAGCUUCAAUCUCUUUAACUAACGCAACGUAUAUCUUCGAUGGAACGAUUGUGAAUGAAAUAAAGUGGUUCGUCGACAAAGAGAAUUCCAUUUGUCGUGUUUCGGUGCUGAUAAUAUUCAAAAGAUACACACGGGAGGAAUUUCUAUAUUCCACUGCCUUAUAAUCGAUAUAACGAGAUUAACCAGAGUUUUCAAUGAUUUUGCGCAUCGAUCAAAUGCAAUCGGGGGUUAGUAAAUUAUUUUAGGAAACGUAAUAAGGAAUAAAUUGUUCAGAUGAAUAUUUCAUACAAAUAUUUAUACCGUUUAGGAUUCAAAGAAAGACUGAGACGCGUAAUAUUCUUCUUUUAGCGAACGUGACGUAAAGAUAGAAAAUCAAGAUAUAUUUUAUCGAGCAAAAAUAUAAUAUCGCGGCAAAAUUUGUAAACGCGCCAAUCGUUCCCCAGAAGUUAAAAGAGCGUCUUAGUGAAAGAGAUGUAGCUACGGUAAGAAUGAUUAAACAAAAAUACUUGACAAUAUCGAUAUCGAGGAUCGUUUCUGGAAAGAUAUUGUCCAGUUUCAUUGGCUCGAAACGAAACUGAAGUUCAUUCAAAGGAAAAUUUACCAAAAAAUAUAGCAUCUAGUACUAUUUGCAAGGAAACGUCAUGUACGUGUCGUGUACGAGACUCGAGACUCUACGAAUAUUUAUCCAAACGCUUAUCUCUUUAGUCUCUCAUUUUUGUUUAAGUAUUAUUACUCUUGCGGAAUACAUUGAGACGUGAUUCGUUGCAAAGCACUGAUGAAAACGAUGUUUUCAGUUUAAUCGGUGCUUAUAUCAUUUUUUUCUUAGUAUUGAAUUCUCAUGUCAUGUUACAAAUAAUAUCGAAGAAAUAUUCUCUUUUUCCAUUAUUUGCUAAGCAUUCUAAUGUCCGCUCGUGGCUUGUGCAUCAAUUACAGUGUAGUUAAUUUAGCAAGUAAAUCGAAAUGUAAAUUAUAAAAAAAAAGGCAUAACGAAAUAGAUGUUCAAUUCAAUAAUAUAGAAAUUAGAGCAACACACGUAUUCGUGUCAAUUGACCAAGAUUUAAACCAAAGCUUAGAUUCGUCUAUUCCGAUACUGUUGAAUUGGAAACCACGAAGAUAGAAAUACAUUUAUUUUUAAAUCAA